CGAUAACAUCAAAUUUCGAGCCUCAUCGCCAAGACAAGAAUCUAAAUCCACUCAAUUCAUCAAUCAAUCAAUCUUCAUCUCUCAUAGAUGGGAGAGGUAGCAAUUGUCGCAUAAUGACCAGAUCAAAGAUAAUAAGGCCGAUACGGCAAGCUUUUGCCAGACCAUUGGUCCAACGACGGCCAGGUUUCGGUCCUCUUGUGAGCGCACGCACACAGACAUCAGCGGCUGAACCUCCUCGCAUCGAUUCUGCCAACCCCACCAAUCCUCCUGAUUCCAAAUCAGCACCUCCUCAGCUUGUAAACGAACUCCCAGAUCCUCGCGACGAGGAAGAUGUCCGACUACCUAGAGCUGUCCAAGCCCUAUACCUCCAGCCACUCCGACGCGAGGCCGAGUAUGGCGUGCCUUCGUGCAGUCUACAGCUACGAUCGUUCAGCAUUCCCAAUCUCGAGUUCUUUUGCGACUUUGCGCUACGAGCCGCAUACUACCUGCACCUUCCUGCCUUCGGCCCAGUACCCCUACCCAAGAUUGUAGAGCGCUGGACAGUACCCAGGAGUCAUUUCAUUUACAAGAAGUCGCAAGAGAAUUUUGAGAGAGUUACGAGGAGGCGAUUGAUCCAGAUCAGGGACGGACACCCGGAGACCGUUCAGAUUUGGCUAGCAUAUCUCCAGAAACAUGCGUACUAUGGUAUUGGUAUGAAGGCCAAUGUAUGGGAAUUCGACAGGCUCAACCCGGGCAAGGAGGCCGAAGCAGAGGCCGAGUCGUUGAAGGGGAUCGUUGAUGAGAAGCUGAAGAGCUUUGGGAGACGCGAGUCUCUAGGCACAGUAGAGAAGGUCAAGGAGUUGCUGGCCAGUGAGAGAUUCAGACAUACGAACUAGAAGCUGUCCUUGUCUUGGGCUAUGGCUAUGUGUAUAAUGAAAUAAACCUACUUGACCCAUGCAACAUGAACUCUGCACUUUGAUGUAUAACUAUCGUACAUGAAAUGAAAUUAUUAUAUCUUUAACUUUUAUGUGUUGAAAAGGGGUAUGAGUAUUAUAUGAGGCAUGGUGUUAAUAGUCUACACAUGCAUUCAUUGAUGUAAGCAUCUAUUAG